AUGCAGAUUUACUUGCAAACGAUGGCUGGCAAGGUCAUUCUAGUGUCGGUUGAGCCAUCUGAGACUAUCAAGUCCGCGAAGGCCAAGGUCCAGGAAGCUGAGGGGUUCAUCGCUUCACAGCGGUGGAUCUGCUGUGGGCAGGAGUUGUUGGACAGACUAACCUUCGAAGACCACGACAUUCAAGCAGAAUCUACAAUUGACAUGGUGCUGUCACCGAAAAAGAUUCGGAUCUCGAUCCGCACGCUCACAGGUGGUUUGCUAAACAUCCAAACGGAGGAGCAAGCCUCUGUCGAGUCCCUGAAAGCCCAGAUCGAAGAAGCUGCACCAGGUUGCUUUGAGGGCGUGGCACCGGAGUAUCGCGCUUGGGUCUUCAAAGGUCGAUCACUAGAAGAUGGCCGCAACCUGUCCGAUUACAGCAUCGAAUCAGGCAGCACCAUCUGGCUAGCAGUGCGCAAGAACGCUCGGAGACUACCUGAAGAGCUUCCAGCAGAACCGGAUUAG